AUGCGUGUGGUCCCCGUGGUCCUGCAGCGAAGCCCCGCGGGACGCGUCCCCGAGGUGCCUUCGGGACUCUCUAAUGGCUCUUUUCCCCCGCGGUCCCCAGCGGACGACGGGCUCGGGUUCCUGCCGACCUUCGGUCCCUGCUAUAUCAACCUCUACGGCAGCCCCCGGGAGUUCACCGGCUUCCCCGACCCUUACGAGACGCUCAAUUUGGGAAAGGGCGAGGGAGUCGCGUAUCGCGGCAGGAUGCUGGUGGAGCUGGAGACCAAGCUGGUGGAGCACGUGGAGCAGAAGGUGGAGGACAUUUCCGCGGAUGACAUCCUACGGGUGGAGAAGUACCUGCGCCGUCGGAAGUACUCCCUCUUUGCUGCCUUCUACUCAGCCACCAUGCUCCAAGACGUGGACGAUGCCAUCCAGUUUGAGGUCAGCAUCGGCAACUACGGCAACAAAUUUGACAACACCUGCCUGCCCUUGGCCUCCACCACGCAGUACAGCCGGGCCGUCUUUGAUGGUUGUCAGUAUUACUACCUGCCCUGGGGCAACGUGAAGCCCGUGGUGGUAUUGUCAUCCUACUGGGAGGAUAUCAGCUAUCGGACUGAUGCCCAAAACCUUCUCCACCAUGCAGCAGACAGGCUGGAAGCAAACCUGGAGAAGGUCCACCUUGCUCUCAAGGCCAACUGCUCGCCGAGUGAGCUGGAUGCCCUGGGUGCCCAGCUGAUGGAUGACAUCAUCGCCGACUGCAGCCUGACCUUGCCUGAUGUCCUGGGGAAGCCGGCCAGCACCCACCUGGACCAGAACAUGUACCGGUUUCGCAGCACCAACCUGGAGCAGAUAGUGAAGGCAGCCCUGAAGCUCAAGCACGAAGACUCGAGCCUGUCGGCAGCCCUGGAGCAGGCAGAGGACUGGCUCUGCAGGCUGAAGGCCAUGGCAGAGGAGCCCCAAAACAGCCUGCCCGAUAUAGUGAUCUGGAUGCUGCAGGGAGACAAGCGUGUAGCGUACGCGCGUGUGCCAGCCCACGAGGUCCUCUUCUCCAGGAACAUCUCCAGCUGCUGCGGCAAGAACUGUGGGAAGCUGCAAACCAUCUUCCUGAAGUACCCCCAGGAGGAGGCGAUGGGUCCGAGGAUCCCGGCCCAGAUCCGGGUCCAGCUCUGGUUCGGGCUGUCGGUCGAUGAGAAGGAGUUUAACCAGUACGCCGAGGGGAAGCUCUCCGUCUUUGCCGAAACCUAUGAGAACCAGACCAAACUGGCGCUGGUGGGGAACUGGGGCACGACCGGCCUGACCUACCCCAAGUACUCAGAUGUCACCGGCAAGAUCAAGCUGCCCAAGGACAGCUUCCGCCCCUCCACGGGCUGGACCUGGGCCGGGGACUGGUUCAUCUGCCCGGAGAAGACGUUGCUGCACGACGUGGACGCCGGACACUUGAGCUUCGUGGAGGAGGUGUUCGAGAACCAGGUCCGGCUGCCUGGAGGCCAGUGGAUCCACAUGACUGAUGCCUACACCGAUGUGAAUGGGGAGAAGGUCCUGCAUAAGGAUGAGAUUGAGUGUCCUCCGGGCUGGAAAUGGGAAGACGUGGAGUGGGACACGGACCUCAACAGAGCUGUGGAUGAAAAAGGCUGGGAGUAUGGCAUCACCAUCCCACCGGACCGCAAGCCCAAGGCCUGGGUGCCGGCCGAGAAGAUGUACCACACCAACCGGCGACGGCGCUGGGUGCGGCUGCGCCGGAGGGACCUCGCGCAGAUGGAGGCCAUGAGGAAG